CAUAUAUACAUAUAUUCAAAAACCUGUUUCGAGGAUUUUGUGACAUUUAUUAAGCUGAUAAUGACGUCACGUUAUUUCCACAGGACAGCUGUGACUCGAAGCAAUCAAAGGUCCUGCUUCGAAACCGCAGCUUCUGUCAAAGUGAGCAGGACGCUGAGGAAAAUGAACCCUGCUUCAUGUGGUCCUCCUGACGUCCGCCUUCUGGACUCGGAUGGUCCCGGCCCUGGCUCAAAGAGGCGCAGCAGGAGGCACCUGAAGGUGGAGUACGAUGAGCACCGAGCCACAUCAGCAGUGAAGCUGGAGGCCUGGGAACCCGGCGAGUGGCGAGAACAGCUCCACUGCGUCCGUGAGAUGCGGCGUGGUCGUGACGCUCCCGUGGACACCAUGGGAGCAGAGAGAUGCUGUGACCCGGCAGCGCCCGCACACGUGAGGCGUUUCCAGGUGCUGGUGUCGCUCAUGCUGUCCAGUCAGACCAAAGACCAGGUGACCUCUGCAGCAAUGCAGAAGCUCAGAGCUCACGGCUGCACGGCAGCAAACAUACUCGCCACAGACGAUGCAACUGGGAAGUUAAUCCACCCCGUCGGCUUCUGGAGGAAUAAGGUGAAGUACCUGAAGCUGACCUCCACCCUGCUGCAGCAGGAGUUUGGAGGUGACAUCCCCAAUAGCGUGGAGGGGCUGGUCCGCCUGCCUGGAGUUGGACCUAAGAUGGCCCACCUGGCUAUGGACAUCGCCUGGCAUCAGGCAUCUGGCAUAGGUGUAGACACACACGUGCACCGUAUUGCUCACAGACUGGGCUGGGUCAGGAACCCGACCAGGAACCCUGAGGAGACACGGAAGGCCCUGGAGGAGUGGUUACCAAGGGAGCUGUGGUCGGAGGUCAAUGGGCUCCUGGUGGGUUUCGGGCAGCAGGUUUGUCUCCCUGUCCGGCCUCUGUGCUCCAUCUGUCAGAACCAGCAUGUCUGUCCCUCUGCACACAAGAACUGAGACCGUCUU